CAUUGCGGAUCGGCUCAGCACACAGACGAGCCUCACUCUCUAGAUAUCUCUCUCCCCCUCGUGGCUUUAGGACCCGGGAGAAUAACUAGAUGGACAGUUUGUUUUGAGUGAUUAAAAGAACUGACUGGUAUCCUCGGGCUGGCGACUAAGGGGACCGUGCAGUCACCUGGCUGUAAAGAAAAAAACGCAACUGGAUUGUUACCGCCAAAGAAAGAAAAAAAAUCACCCCCGCGCUUCACUCGAGGAAGAUCCCCCCUUCCUUCUCCUGCACUCCAUCCCUCCCUCCUCAGACUCCCUCUCCCAGACACAGAGACCGUAUUCAGAGCACCGGUAUUCGCCUGGAGACGCGCGUUUGGAUACGGGGGCUUUGUGGAGAUCACCAAGUAGGGCGAAGUGCGCUACGUCCCUGGCAUCUCAAUCAAUCAAUCCAUCAACCGGAUAACGGCAUCGGCCCGAUAGCCUCCUUCUCAUCUGCCUGCGAACAAAAUUGCUUCAAAAUUGCAGCAAAAAGGUUUGUUUUUAAGGAACUGAUCCGCUAGCGUUACUGCAAAUGUGUCAGUGGCGCGCUCAUCAACGCUUUCGAUGACAACAUGGUCUCUUACUGAUGGAAACACUUUUUAAUUUGGAGAAGAAAACGGACAGCGACUAGCAAGUCUGUUUAUCUCGUGUUGCUGCUGUUGGGACACUCUAAGUGAAUAGUUGCAGACAUAUAUGCUAUAACAGUUGAGAUUGUCGCUGUGUGUUAUACCGGGAGUCGUGAUCAGCGGGCAUGAGACUGAGGAAAUCCGCCGCGGUUCGGAGAACUGGGCUAGCUCGCGCUCGGGAACUACACGGUUAGAUAUUCAACUUUUGUUUCAGACUUUAUCUUUCCAUAUGGACCGAUCGGCAUCGCUGGACAUUGAGGCGCUGAAGAUGACCCAGGAGCAGUACAUCCUGGCAUCCCAGCCGAACCCCCUCCAGAGGCCGGGCUGUGCUACGGUGUACCCUGUAGGGAUUUACGGUUGGCGGAAGCGCUGUCUGUAUUUUUUCAUCCUCCUCCUCCUCGUCACCAUGAUCGUCAACCUAGCCUUGACCAUCUGGAUCCUAAAGGUCAUGAACUUUACGGUGGACGGCAUGGGAAAUCUCCGUGUAACCAAAGAAGGCAUCAGAUUAGAGGGAGUGUCAGAGUUCCUUCUACCACUUUAUGUGAAAGAGAUUAAAUCCAGACGGGACAGUCCUCUGGUGUUACAGUCAGACCGCAACGUGACGGUGAACGCACGAAAUAACCUUGGCCAGCUGACAGGACAGCUCACUGUGGGCUCAGAGAUGGUGGAGGCGCAGUGUCAGAGGUUCGAGGUGAGAAGUAGCGAUGGAGAGCGAGUUCUCUUCUCUGCUGAUGAAGAGGAGAUCAGUAUUGGCACAGAUAAAUUGAGGGUCACAGGCAACGAGGGAGUUGUGUUUAGCCAUUCGGUGGAAACGCCACACAUCCGUGCUGAACCAUUCCAAGACCUAAAACUUGAGUCCCCAACUCGGACGCUGACGUUGGAGGCCCCUAAAGGUGUAGAAGUCAAUGCAGGAGUGGGGGAAUUCAAAGCUUCCUGCAGGAAGGAUCUCACUUUGGAGUCUUCAGAAGGAGAGAUCUUUUUAAACGCAAAUUCAAUUCGUCUCGGGAAUCUUCCACACGGGAGUGUGGACCCUUUGCUCGGUCCAGGGACCACCUACCCAAAACAGACUGUGUACGAGGUGUGCGUAUGUCCCAGCGGCAAACUCUAUCUGUCUCCUGCAGAAAGCUCCUCCACCUGCCAGACCACGAACAGUGUGUGUCUCUGGAGCUGAGAAAGGUGGGUGGGCAGUGGACCACCCAGCACCAGAAAGGCCUUCCUUCACCUCUUCUCUUAUUACAUGUCUAAUCGUUUAUUAUAAUUUUAUUACAUCUAUUCAUCCAUCAUCAGUAUCUGUCUGUCUAUCUGUGUAUCUAUCUUAAAGGCAUCUUCAUGUC